AUGAAGUUUCCUUUCAGGUAUCCGGACAUUGUAACCACAUUUCGGAUAAAAAUUGCUGUCAGCUUUAGUUGGCUUGCUUGCAUUGUUAAUGCUCUACCUUACACAGGCGUUAUCGCCACUGUCGUAGGGCCAAUCUACUUUACUUUUCGUGUUUUGUCUGUUGUAACAAUUGUAUACUUUCAUAUUUCCGUGUAUAUUGAAACUCGGCGCCACGAAAAACAAAUCCAAGCUGAACAAGUCUCCCCUGAAGCUCUCGCAAAGUUCUUGAAAGAGAAAAGAGCUCUGAAAACAACGACAAUUAUUAUUGGGGUUUUCCUGCUGUGCUAUCUUCCUUUUGUUGUGAUUGGUACCGUACGCGGGGAUCUAUUGAAAAAAUCCUUGGUUAGUGUAACCUUAAGUUUACUACAACCAUUGUUAUUAUCUUCUUCUCUAAUAAAUUCUCUCUGUAACCCCUUAGUUUAUUGCUUCAGAAAUAAGGAACUCCGAAAAGUGUUUAUUGAGUUACUUAAUGAUUAA